AUGCAGUCCAAACUCAAUCUCCUCAGCAGCUCGGUUCUGCGUGGGUUACAGAUGCUCUUUGGCAUUGUUAUUCUUGGGUUGUCCAUUACUUUGAUCAAAAGCCAGAGCAAAGCCUGGGAAGGUAGUGCCUUAGACAUUAUUGCACCUGCUCCACCAACUAUUUUACCACUCGCCGCAGCCAUAGGCGCCAUAUCCCUCGCAGCCGCUGUAUUCAGCCUAGUCAUCGCAUGGACUGACAUUCUCCGCGAAUACAUCGAGAUGUUGGUGGACGUGGUGGUUAUCAUGCUGAAUGUGGUCGGCGGAGUUAUCAUAGCUAUCAAGCUCCAAGGCAUGAAUUGUGGCGAUACAAGCUUCAAAAACCGGUUAGGAAAUGGAUACUAUCCCUUCAAGGGCUCUCUGGGAGGUAUCGACAUCCUCAAUGGAGGCUGCUACGAGGACGAUGUGCCGUACGGCGAUGAACGUGUAGCGAGCUGUGCGUUCACGUCUUCCAACGAAGAUGUGCCUCAGCUGAAUGUGCGCUGCAAGCAAAGCCAGACGGACUCCAUCUUUAUGUUUCUCACUGUGGCCAUUUGUUUCGCGACGAUGCUGUUGACUUUCCUUCGGAUGAAGAAGAGCAUCUGA